UUUGAAGUUUAAUUUUUCUAAAAGUUAUAACAAUAAAAUUACAAGAAUGUCAGCUAUUCAAAAACAGAAAUUCCCAAGCUUGCAAGGGAAGCUAAAUUUUGUGUUUACCAACAUGGCAGACUCCACACAGCAAAGCACACAGAGGAUGCAACGAGAGGAAACUCUUAAGGACAUUAGCCAGAGUCCUUCUAAUUUGAAUCAUUUUAACAGCGUGACUCACAAAUUUAGUUUCCCAGAGGGCUCUGACUGCCGCUCUUUAGAGAAUAGUUAUGAGCGAAGGCAGAGAUCUAUCAAUAUAGAAAGGAAAGCAAUGUCUCCAUUUGUAAGGGGCAUACAUCCAGGGAUGCACUUUUUCACUCCAAAAUAAAUCCUCUAUGAAAGAAAUGAAAAGAAAAUUUAGAAAGAUACCCCAAAAACCAAAAGAGAAAAUGCUUGAGAGUAUAUUCAGCCCUCAUUAUAAAUCUUCUGACCUCAUGAGAGACCCACUAAAACCACUUAAGAGCAGAGCUGAUUCUAAGAAAUUAGUGCUAAAGAAAAAGAUGGUCAAUAAAUCUGGCUACAAAGCUACAACAUUUGAUUUGAAGGAGAAAUUUUCAGACAAAGAAAUACCAGGCAUAGAACAGAUUAUGUCAAACAGUACACAAUUCCGGUCAAAGAAGGAGAUCAGAAACCUUUGUGAGUAUGUCUAUGAUAUAAAAUAAGUCGAAGUAUGAGCCAUCUGGUGCUGCUAAAUCAAGGUCUCCAAAAUUACUGAAGAAUACCUUCUCUCCCGUUGUCUACAAACUAUAUCGAAAUAUGCGUAAUAAGCAGAGAAUAGUCAGGGAGGCUCCUACACCAGAAGUUAAACUUUCCCCAACAAUACAGAAGGUGAGGCCUAAGGCCAGGCCUCACCACCAAACUCUGGAAGAGCACAGCCAAGAUGCCAAUGAGAAACAGAAAAUAUCACCAGUAGACACUCGGGAUGAUUUCACAAAGCAAUUUAUGAUCCAGUCUAAAAUAAGACAAGUUAAAGUUGAAUCAAGUGAUGGAAAUCUUGGAAGUAGAAGAAGCAGUAAGAGAAGUUCUAUCAGCUCUUUCAAGACAAGAAUGAGAGAUAUGUCUAAUAAUUCUUCCCUAAACUCACCCCACAAUUGGUCUUUCUCGAAGGCGAUCAAUGUUUUGGUAACUAAGUAAACAAGUUGAGGAAGAGAUCGAGAAAGAUAAGGUCAGCUUACUUAAGCUAGAUUUUUAUAAUUUCUUCGAAAUGCUCUCUAAAAGAAAAAAGAGUUUUGAUUUUGGAGAUCCCAGAAUCACUAAAUUGUUCAAUAAGUACUAUGAGCGGGCCAGGCUCGAGCUUUUUAAGGAUAGAACCAGGUUCAGGACCAAACUUAACAAGGCUAGGGUUGAGGAUCUGAGACGAUUUCGCAAGAAACAUGAGAUUAUUGGAAAUUAUGCUAUCAGUAACAAAAGCCCACUUGAUUACCAACACAAAAGUCUUUAUAACAACGAUAGGAUGGAUUUCAUUGAUAUUCCGAGUAAUAAGAGGAUAUUUGAUGAAUGUAUUUCUGAUGUUGACCAGGAGGAGCUUCUUCAAGAAGAAAUCAAGGCUCUUCGUAAGACUAGAAGAAGAAUCCAAAAUCGAAAAAUAUCUAGCUAGUGUCAAUAUUUCCAGAUAAAA